ACGCUAGAUGGCGCCUCAAAAUCGUUUGAGGUCACUCGAGUAUUUAUCAUCAGCAACAAGAUAUUCAGAUAUACGAGCAGGAAAAAGAUAAAUUGAACAUCAUGUGUAUGUCUAAUAAUAUUGUGCAGCACAGAGAGGACAUCGUUGACGAUCGUAAUGAUCGAUGUGCAGGGUGUUGAGAGUAUUAUAGUUAGGAAAAAGUAAAUAUCAGUAUCGGUUCGUGCACUGUGUCAGCUAGCCUAGCUACACAUCGUAUCUAUGUGUAUACAUUUUACAUGUCAAAUUUCGUUGCCGCAGUUUCAAGUGUUCUGCCUGCUUAUCUCGAGCUAUUGAUAUUUAAUCAUUUCCUGCGUAUAAAACGCUUGAAGAAUGUGCCGUUGUUUCGACUCACUUCUUAUCAUCGACGACGAGUGAACGACGACCACGAAACAGGGACCAGUGUAAAACUAUCGAUAUGUGAUGAGAAUAUAUCGUCGGUUCUUACACACCCACCUCUGCCAAACCAGAUAUUGUGUGUGUCAUUCACUGAUUCAUUUAUAUGUAUAAUUAUAAUAUAUACAUAUAACAAGCAUAGCUACUUGUCACUGUGGGCAAUACGUUAACAUUAUAAAAUAAUGCAUUAAAUAUUCGGCUGGACGCUAAAAAGGAAUGAUGUUGAACAGUGUAACAAAACAUAUUUUACAUUGUUGCUUACUAUUCAUCGUUAUAAUUACUUUCGAGUUGGUCGCCGGUGGGCUCAGUUGGACGAAUGACGAGAAGAAGGAAACACUGGAUCCUUGGAUUCAAUAUGGAUUUCUUGGCGCAUUCACAUUGUACUUACUACGAAUACUUACGUUUCUCUCUUUCCCGCAAGUAUUGUUCAAUUUCGUGGGAUUGACCGUGUACAAUGCGUUCCCGGAUAAAGUCGUUUUAAACGGUUCGCCGUUACUCGCACCAUUCAUUUGCAUUAGAAUAGUGACGCGCGGCGACUAUCCGCAGUUAGUCAUAGCGAACGUGAAUAAAAAUCUGAACAAGUGUUUGGAAACUGGGCUGGAGAACUUUCAAAUCGAAGUGGUCAGCGACAAGCCGAUCGGAUUGAUGCCUCACAGAAGAAUCAGAGAAGUGGUCGUGCCAGAAAAUUAUCGUCCGAGCAGCGGUGCUCUGUUCAAAGCACGUGCUCUGCAGUACUGUUUGGAGAACGUGGCAAACGAAUUGGCGGACAACGAUUGGAUCGUACAUCUCGACGAGGAAACUUUACUCACCGAAAAUUCUAUUCGUGGAAUAUUGAACUUUGUAUUGGACGGGAAACAUCAGUUUGGUCAGGGACUGAUAACGUACGCGAACGAGGACGUAGUCAAUUGGAUUACAACGUUGGCCGACAGUUUUCGAGUGGCCGAUGACAUGGGAAAGUUACGACUGCAAUUCACCAUGUUUCACAAACCUUUCUUCAGUAUGAAAGGUUCUUACGUCGUUACUCAGAUGGGUGCGGAGAGAAAUGUCUCUUUCAACAAUGGGUUGGACGGGUCCGUUGCCGAGGACUGUUUCUUCGCGAUGAAAGCGUAUACCCAAGGAUAUACGUUCAACUUCGUGGACGGAGAAAUGUGGGAAAAAUCACCGUUCACCUUGUGGGACUUUGUACAACAGAGAAAACGAUGGUUGCAAGGCAUAUUACUCGUCGUACAUUCCAAAGCCAUUCCGUUGAACAAGAAGUUGCUCCUUGGCAUAUCUUGUUACUCGUGGGUGACCAUGCCUCUUUCCACUUCGAAUUUCGUGUUAGCAGCAAUUUACCCGAUCACUUGUCCACAGAUCAUAGAUUUUUUAUGCAUGUUCAUCGGUGCAGUGAAUAUUUACAUGUACGUGUUCGGCGUGAUUAAAUCGUUUUCUUUGUACCGAUUUGGCAUCGCGCGAUUUAUACUAUGUAUUUGCGGGGCAUUAUCAACGAUUCCUUUCAACUUGAUCAUUGAAAAUGUUGCCGUCAUAUGGGGCUUGUUCGGGAAGAAGCAUAAAUUUUAUGUCGUCAACAAAGAAUACAACCCAGUGAUCCCAGUGUAGAAAAGAACGAUGUCGAGGGAAAGUCGGGUUCUCGUACGCACGCACGCACGCACGCACGCACGUACGUCCGUACGCACUUUCCAGUACCUGUAAGUUUAAACAAAUAUCCGUCGUCGUCUUUUCCGUCAGUGAUGCGUAUGUACGUAUAUACGAGCAACGCUGCGGACGAGUAUAGCCGAUGAUAAUCCUUAGAGCAUAUGGAAAACAAUUUAUGUAUAUGUACAUAGCUAUUUACGAUAUUUAAAAAUUAUGUAGGAAUCGUGAGCCAUGUAUAGAUGCUUGCAAUAUCGCUUGGCAAUUUUUAUCUGCCAACAUAUUAUGUUUGAACGAAUGAACGAAAGCUACUACCGUUUAAUCACGCGUAUGCAUGACAGCAGGGACUGUUGACUAAGAGACCAGCAGCAGCAGCGCGUUUAUAUGUAACGGUUCGGUUCAUUUUAUUACAUAUCAUCCGAUCAUUUUAAUUAAAUAAUUUAUAUUCAUUAAAUUUUUUUUAAUAAUA